UAUCGUCAAUGUCUCACCCUCUUCUCUCCCGACUCUCCAACCUCUCUCCCAGGCGCCACUCGCUCUUGCACAAGACCAUUCGCUUGUUUUCAUCGUCAUCGACCAGCCCAUGUUUUCCGCUUGGCAUCGUGGAGAAAGACUCGCCGAGCGACGGCGGCAUGGUCGGAGACAUCCACUUGUUCGAUGCGGCCACGGAAAGGUUAGUCACAUGCACUGACAAAACCAUACCCGAAGAGAUCGUUAACGGCGGUACCGUGGUCGGAGCUUCUCAUGGAUGGUUAUUUUUCAAAGACCGGCAAGAUCGUUCCCUACGUGUGACCGACUUUUGCAACCCUUCGGCUUUCAAAACAAACGCAACAACGAUGAUUCCUAUGCCUACAUUUACUACUCUCCACCUUUGCCAAACUGAAGUUGUGUGGAAUGUGGCAAUGUCUACUUCUCCUGGUCAACAAGAAGAUGAAGAUGAUUGGGUAGUUGGUAUCAAGUUCUUGGGUAACCAGCUGAGUUUCUGCAGGCCCCGUCGUGACCUGCGGUGGACCAACGUCUUAGCUCCUUUUAAAAUAUUCAACAACUCAAAUCUCAUGUUCUCAAAGAGAUAUCAAAUUUUUUUUUUGCCUGCUCCCGUGGGCAACUACUUGUGCUCCUGGGAUAUCCAGUCCCACAAGGACGGAUACCCCCCUAAGAUCCAUAAGCUGCUUUUUCACAACCUUCCCCAGUUGCCCCAGUCCAUGUGGGAGCUACUUGAUUCGUGUCCCAGAGAGGAUCACUGGGUGGAGUCACCAUCGGGGGAAUCUUUCCUCGUAAAAUGGUACUCCCGUGUCUCACUUUCCCCUAGCAUGUCUACAUUGCCGGUAGUUAUGGUGUUCAGAGAGGAAGGCACAAAGGAUGGAGCAAUAAAGAUGUGUUACACAGAGGACAUUGGAGAUAUUUGUAUCUUCCUAUCAAACAGUGAGGCGUUCUGCGUCCCGGCUAGUUCUUGCCCUGGUCUCAAGCCUAAUUCCAUUUAUGUCGCUUACCGUGUAUUUUCUGUUUACGAUCUCACGACCAAAAUCUUCAAUCAUUUUGAAAACCCCAAAGAUGCACCAGAGAAGAUUUCCCGCAUCCCUUGUUGGCUUCCACCCUUUUCAGUCUAAGUUUCUAUUGUCGCUGUGUUUGGUUCAUUGGUGUUAUCAUCAGAUAUAUUCAAGCCAGCCAUCCUGCUUGUUAAACUCUCUUUGUUAAAGAUCAUAAUCUUGUUGAACUUCUCACUUUGUUUGUUUGUUGAAACUCACUCAACUUCAGUGAAGUCUAGCUCUGUUUGUU